AGGAUUUAGUUGCCAGUUUUAAAGCGAACAAAAUUAGUAUUUUAUAAGUAAUUUUACUUCCAACCUCGUGUUGGAUAGAGUUGUUAUUGCCAGUUGUCAAUUAUCAUUUUAUAAUCGCAUUGAAUUUAGAGUUUUAGGCGUCAUCAACGGUAGGAACCAAUUGCGCCGUGGGAACUGGGUCACGAGGAACACGGACAGUGUUUGUGACGGACAACAACAAGGAGGUCCAGCCGAGUGCUCGCAGCAGUAGAUAGUUAGCUCGCUACCUGUCGUAACUUCGUCAAAUCUGGGAUAAAACAAGACUUGUCAUCUGGUCCCUCGUGGUUGAAGGGUCUCAGUAGACGUAUAGAUGUCUGAUGCACCGGACCUUCCUAAAGAAGAAGAAGAAGACGUAGAAAGAGAGGAGGAGGUUGCGCCUGAACCAGAGGAUCAAUCCGACGACAGCAGCGGGGAAGAGGCUGCAGGCAACACGGAGAUGGACUUCCUGCGUAACCUCUUCUCCAGCACCCUCGGUCUCGGCUCGGCAGACAAAGUUCUGGACGAGCUGACCCUGGACGGAGUGGCGCAAUACAUAAAGAGCGGCAAAUGUAAAAACAUUCUCUGCAUGGUCGGAGCAGGAAUAUCCACAUCGGCUGGAAUCCCUGAUUUCCGCUCACCGGGAACGGGGCUGUACGCGAACAUGCAAAAAUAUAACCUGCCCUACCCAGAGGCCAUCUUUCAGAUAGAUUAUUUUAAGAAACAUCCAGAGCCUUUCUUUGCCUUGGCCAAGGAGCUUUACCCGGGACAGUUUAAGCCGACUAUCUGUCACUACUUCAUGAAGCUGCUGAAAGACAAGGGGCACCUGAGACGCUGCUACACACAGAACAUCGACACCCUGGAGCGCGUGGCCGGGCUCGAGGGAGACGAUCUGAUUGAAGCUCACGGGACGUUCUUCACGUCCCACUGCGUGAGCUUCUCUUGCCGCCAGGAGUACAACCUGGACUGGAUGAGAGAUAAAAUCUUCUCUGAAGACAUUCCUCGAUGUGACAAGUGCAGAAGUUUGGUGAAGCCAGAUAUCGUCUUCUUCGGAGAGAGUCUGCCCGUCCGGUUCUUCACUUCAAUGAAGAUGGACUUUCCUCGCUGUGAUCUCCUCAUCAUCAUGGGGACGUCGCUGCAGGUCCAACCGUUUGCUGGUCUCGUCGGAAGGGUUUCAAAAGGUUGCCCCCGUCUGCUCAUCAACAUGGAGAAGGCAGGGCAGGCCGAUCCUCUGUUUGGGUUGAUUGGUUUCGGGGGCGGGAUGGACUUUGACUCCGACAAGGCGUACAGAGAUGUAGCUCACAUCAGCACGUGUGAUGACGGCUGUCUGGCCCUCGCUGAGCUGUUGGGAUGGAAGGAGGAGCUGGAGGAGCUGGUGAAGCAAGAGCACGCGAGGAUCGAGGAAGAGGAGGCCGGCGAGAGCAAAGGAGCUGCAGCCGAGGUGAGCUCCGCUGCACCGGAGCCCGAGAAGGAGGAGUGACUCGUCCAAAAAGGCUGACCGUCUCAAAGGAAACUGUCUAGGAGGAAAAGGAGGAAGAGGAGGAUGAUGAUGAUGAUGAUAACAGGGUUUUUUGUUUUCGGCGGGGUGUCACGCUCUCAUUGUCCACAGGCGGACUUUUAAUUCUUCUGAACAUUCUCGCUCUCUAACGUCCCCGUCUGUUUGCGUCAUUAUUUUUUAUUAUUUUUUUGUUGCACUAGCUCACGUCUGUCUCGGCUGUAUAUAUUUCGUUCUGCUGCAGGUGACUCUGCGUAUGGGCCGGUGUGUUUACUGCGAUUAGGGGCGGGGGGGGGAGUUGUCGAUGUGAAGCGGACGUGAACGGAUCUCAGAGCUGAGAGAAAGCCGAUUUAAUAUCUCCUAAACUCCGGCUGUGAGAUCAUAACUUACUGUAUUGCCUAUUAUUGCCUAUUGCUAUUGCCUCCAACAGCCUCCGCCCUCUCCUCUUCGUCGUGCUUUUCGGUUCGAGCCCCCAGAAGAGAUAACCGGGCCAUUGUGUAUUUGUAUGCCCCUCCCCCGAGCUGAAAUCUGCUGGCCUGAUUGGACCUCCCUUGAAGUCAUCCAACGUGUCACAGAAUUAACUUCCUGAUAAGGAGAGUGGGACUUUUAAAAUAUUUUAAAUUAACAUUGUUUUUUCUCAUGUUAACCGCCUCCUUUCCAUUUUUGAAUUGAUUUCUAUGAAUUCUGCUGACGCGGUGUUUAUGAUGCACGUUUAAUCGUCUUCAUCUCGUGGAGCGACGGGCGUAGCUUUGCAGUCAGGGCUGUCGUUUCUGCUUUUCACAUCGUCUGGGAUCGUUUGAGUGCUGCAGAGAAAUAGCUGAAAUAAUGUGUGAUUAAGUAGUUUCAUCUGAAACUAUUUGGGUUAUCUGAAGAAAGGAAAAAAGCAUGAAUUGUUGCAUCAUUAAAUAAAUACGUUACCAUCUGUACACUAAUGAAAACCAAUAAGAACUCGCAAUAAAGUUGACCUUUGUAAAGCUGAAA